CCGAAAAAUUAAAUCAGAGGGAUCUUUCUUGUCCAGAAAGAAAGACGAUUGUUAGAGUCGGAGUUAAUUCUAAUUUCUUUUGCUCCGCUUUUCGGACCGCUGAGCUAGAGGAAGAAAAUGGAGAACAUGUUCGUAAACCCUUCAGGCGAAUGCGAUUCGAAAUCUGCCGCCGAUUCUGAAAGAACACUGUAUCCAUAUGUCACUGGUACAUCCGUUGUUGCUGUCAAAUACAAAGAUGGAAUUCUCAUGGCUGCUGAUACAGGAGGUUCUUAUGGAUCUACCUUGCGCUAUAAGAGUGUUGAAAGAAUGAAAGCAAUUGGUAAACAUUCGGUUUUGGGUGCAAGCGGUGAAAUAAGUGAUUUUCAGGAGAUCUUGAGAUAUCUUGAUGAGCUGAUCUUGUAUGAUAACAUGUGGGAUGAUGGGAAUUCAUUGGGUCCUAAAGAAGUACACAGCUAUCUUAAUCGUGUGAUGUACAGUAGACGCAACAAAUUUAAUCCCUUGUGGAAUUCACUUGUUCUUGGAGGGGUGAAAAAUGGCCAGAAAUAUCUUGGGAUGGUUAGCAUGAUUGGGGUACAUUUUGAGGACAAUCAUGUUGCAACUGGAUUUGGAAACCAUCUUGCCAGGCCUAUUCUGCGUGACGAGUGGCGUGAGGAUAUGAGUUUUGAGGAAGCUGUUAAGCUUCUUGAGAAAUGCAUGCUUGUUCUUCUAUACCGUGAUCGAUCAGCUAUCAACAAGAUUCAGAUUUCCCAAGUCACAGAAGCAGGCUUCAAUAUCUUCCAACCGUAUGCUUUGAAGACGUUUUGGGGCUUUUCUGCAUUCGAGAAUCCAUCAAAAGGUGCUGUUGGGACAUGGUAGAUGCAGUUCAACGAUAUUAGUAGUAUUAAACAUCUGAAAUCCAGAGUAGCUCUUUAUUUGUUUCUCUACCUGUCAAAGUUAAGACGCAAUCAUGUAAUGUGCACUCGAUUGCUUCAGGAUGAUGUUUAGUUGCCUGGAAUUUUUUCUGUUUUUGCAUUUAAUCAACUUUGAUUGGGAUCUCUGUUGCCCUUUUCCUCCAACAAAGGUUAACGGCUUGAUAGGUUUUUCUGCUUUUAAUGAGUAUUAAGCUUUACGCUUGGUAAGAUAACA